UGAGCGACGGGUAUAAUGCACAAUUAUUGUUUACUUAUAAAUACUCAACGUAGCGGACCACUCUUGUCCAUUAUUAAGAGAAGCAGUACUAAAAACAACAACGCUGUAUUUUACUAUUUUAUCACUUGGCUAGCUCUAAAAAUGCAACGUGCAUUAGAGGAACCGCACUGUACCAUUUCCGUCGGAUCACCUACGCUCGUGGAGUUGCUGACAGACUGCGACAGUUUCCGGAAGGAGGAAGACUCGAGCUCUGUCGCCAGAAGCGAUGAUCCAGCUCAUAGCAUUAUAGAUGUCGAGGCUUUCCACGUAAAACCGGUGCGGUUUGUCUUAGCCUUUAACAAUCUUCAAUACAACGUGACAUUUCGCCGGUGGUUUGAUUUCUCGCGGCCUCGAAGCUCCGAUACAGUGAAGACUCUACUCGAUGAUGUUUCUGGAGAGGCUUGUGAUGGAAACAUCCUCGCCGUUCUCGGUGCAAGCGGAGCCGGAAAGUCCACCUUGAUCGAUGCACUGGCGGGACGUGUUGCCAAGGAGAGUCUUAGAGGCUUUGUGACACUAAACGGAGAGAAUGUUUUGGAGUCGCAACUGUUGAAAGUGAUAUCAGCAUACGUGAUGCAAGACGAUCUUCUCUUCCCGAUGCUCACUGUUAAAGAAACCUUAAUGUUUGCUUCCGAGUUUCGUCUCCCAAGAAGCUUCCCCAAGUCAAAGAAGAUGGAGCGUGUCCAAGCCCUCAUCGACCAGCUAGGCCUCAGAAACGCGGCGGACACAGUUAUAGGAGACGAAGGACACCGUGGCGUCUCCGGUGGAGAGCGGCGACGCGUUUCGAUCGGUAUCGACAUCAUCCACGACCCUAUUGUCUUGUUUCUAGACGAGCCUACGUCGGGGUUGGAUUCCAGCAACGCGUUUAUGGUGGUGCAGGUUCUGAAACGAAUCGCUCAAAGUGGCAGCAUUGUUGUUAUGUCGAUCCAUCAACCUAGCACUCGUAUCAUAGACUUGCUUGAUCGCCUUAUCAUCUUAUCUCGCGGAAAGAAUGUUUUUAGUGGCUCUCCGGCUAGUCUUCCUAACUUCUUCUCUAACUUGGGACAUACAAUCCCUGAGAAAGAGAACAUCACUGAGUUCGCACUCGAUGUAGUUCGAAAACUCGAAGGAUCAACCGAAGGAACCAGAGAGUUGGUAGAGUUCAAUGAGAAGUGGCAGCAAAGCAAUCUUGGACUCAGCCAAUCAGCUCGACCCACCCCACAUGGCUUAUCCUUGAAAGAAGCAAUAAUUGAGAGUGUGUCAAGAGGCAAACUAGUCUCGGGCUCAUCUGGAGCUGCUAAUUUCACCUCCAUGGAAACAGUAUCUUCAUACACAAACCCGUCACUAUUCGAAACGUUCAUCUUAGCCAAACGUUACAUGAGAAACUGGAUCCGGAUGCCUGAGCUUCUAGGAACACGGAUCGCCAUCGUUAUGGUCACUGCAUUUCUCUUAGCCACUGUCUACUGGAAGCUGGACAACACUCCAAGAGGUGCACAAGAGAGACUGACUUUCUUCGCAUUUGUCGUGCCCACUACGUUCUACUUAUGUUUAGACAAUGUCCCGGUUUUUAUCCAAGAACGAUACAUUUUCUUGAGAGAGACAACUCGCAAUGCCUACAGAACAUCUUCCUAUGUCAUCUCCCACUCGCUGGUGUCUCUUCCGCAGCUUAUUGCUCCUUCCUUGGUCUUUUCCUCGAUAACAUUCUGGACGGUUGGUUUGCGUGGCGGGUUAGAAGGCUUUGUCUUCUAUUGCCUCAUAAUCUACGCCUCGUUUUGGUCUGGAUCCUCUGUCGUUACUUUCAUAUCCGGUCUUGUUCCGCAUAUCAUGUUAAGUUACAUGGUCACCAUUGCCUAUGUCGCCUACUGUUUGCUCUUGAGUGGGUUCUACGUUGUCCGUGAUCGUAUACCGAGCUACUGGAUAUGGUUUCAUUACAUUUCGCCGAUAAAGUAUCCAUACGAAGCCGUGUUAAUCAAUGAGUUUGAUGACCCGUCUCGUUGCUUUGUUAAGGGAGUCCAAGUAUUCGAGGGUACCCUUCUUGGAGGAGUUAGCGAUAAGAAAAAGGUGGAGCUUCUUGAAACUCUAAGUAGAUCUCUAAGCACUAGGAUAACACAGUCCACGUGCUUGAGGACGGGGUCUGACUUACUUUCACAGCAAGGUAUUACUCAACUGAGUAAGUGGGAUUGCUUGUGGAUUACGUUAGCUUCGGGGCUCUUCUUUAGGAUCUUGUUUUACUUCGCCUUGCUGUUCGGGAGCAAAAAUAAGAGGACGUGAAAGUAGUCGCCAUAAACAUAUUUAAAUAAGGCUUGAAACUUCAAAGUGUAUUAUUAGAUUCUCGUUUGUUGUAGUUUUGAGCUAUUCUAAAAUACGGUGAACGAUGGUUCACGUAUCGAAUUUUACUAUUCGGAUUAUCUUUUCUUUUUCCAAA